CAAGAUGACGAAAGGCACGAGUUCCUUCGGUAAAAGACAUAAUAAAACCCACACCCUGUGCAGACGCUGCGGCCGACGAUCUCUUCACAUCCAAAAGCACACCUGCUCAUCAUGCGGAUACCCAGCUGCUAAGAUUCGGCAAUACAACUGGGGCGAGAAGGCUAAGCGGAGAAAGACCACUGGUACUGGACGUAUGAGACACAUGAAGGGCGUUACCAGAAAAUUCAAGAAUGGCUUCCAGACCGGUGCUCCCAAGGAUGCGAAAGGACCAUCGACCAAGGCAGAAUAAGGGAUGCAUCUGAGGAGUUGAUUUGGGAUUGCGGACUGAUUGCUUUAUGAGAUGUCAUGACGGCUGCGGUCAUACUAGCAAAUGCCAUCAAUUUGCGUCGCAAGUUUUGUUGCAAGAUGAACUUUGGGUUUUUUGUGAUCCGACUUCCGGAGGCUCUGCAUCGAUGGCACAACCACGG